AAGCUGAUCGAAACAAGCUUGCACUAUCAAAAGGCAAAUAUGCUCAAUACCUGUGCAAGAUCUUAGGGAUUUACUUUUCAUAUCACCGUGAAGCCUAUUCAACACAAGCUGUCUACCUUCACGACCCAACAGCACUUCUUGCAGCAGUCAAUCCAUCACUGUUGACUUAUAUUGAAGGUGUGGUGCGGGUUCAGACAAGUGGCAUCACAAGAGGCCUUACAAUAUUUGAUAAUACCAAGAAAAGGUAUGGCGAAAUCACAGGGUGGUCCAAUAAGCCAACUGUGAAAGUUGCUGUCACGGUCAAUGCUCCUGCCAUCGUUGAGCUGGUCAUGGAUAGGCUCAUGAACUCUUAGCAACAUUGAUCCAUGCUGGAAGAUAUUGCAGCUAGGGAAACAAGAAGUGGCCAGAAGCUGGUCAUCAGCUGGUUGAUUGCUUCUACAAAACAUCUCUAUUACUGAUGGUAUGGCAACUGAGUCUGUGAUCAAUGAGUUGCAUUUGUAAUAGUUUUCUUUUACUUCAUAUUCUGUGACAAAAGAAGGGAUCGAUAUGAUAACUCCCCAGUACUCUAAGAUAAUGGCAUGCAAUCAGAUAUUGAGGAACAUUUUGGAAUUUUUAAGCAUAUUCAACAGACUCUUUUGGUACA